CAUUUGUGAAUCUGAAGGAACUGUUAGAUUUAUAAGAGAGGGAGAAUGCCUUUUAAAAGAAACCACAUCUGAAAAUGAAAAUGCAGAACUUGAUGUCUGUGGCUUGGACAGCGACAGAGGAAGCUUCUGUGGUAAACGGUGGACAAAGAAGUACUAUUAUGAUAAGGAAUUUAAAAGAUGUAAGCUUUUCUGGUACGGAGGCUGUGAUGGAAAUGGAAAUAAUUUUGAUGAUGAAGCAGCCUGUGAGGCAAAAUGUCUCCAAUCUAAAACAGAUUGUUCAAGCAUAGAAUGCAAUGGGGUUGGAGAGACAUGUAGCAUGGCAACAGGGGCCCCUGAAUGUGUCUGCAAUAUCAUAUGUACAUUUGAUUAUAACCCUGUUUGUGGACAAGAAGGUACUAGGAAGAAGACUUAUGGAAAUAGAUGUGCAUUGGAUAGCGCGAUUUGUAAGAGCAAAGGAGAGAUCCGUUUUGUCAGCAAUGGUGCCUGUCCUUCAUAUGAAGCAGUCAAACAGGAUGAUAACAAACCAAAAUGUAACCAAAUUUGUACAUUUGACUAUACACCAGUAUGUGGGUAUGAUGGUACUAAAUACAAGACAUAUGGCAACCAAUGCGCCUUAGAUGCUGC